AUGCCCUUCAGUACCUUCGGCGUCGCGACUGCCGUAACGCCCUCGGUCAUCGAGACCUACUUCUCCCAUUUCUUCAAUCGCAAGCCCCUCAAAGAGAAGCCGACGGCCCACAUCUCCUACCACGAGGGCCUCAGAUUAAUACGACAGUUCCUGGACUACAGCUCGAAACACCCAGUCGAAGACCUCCAGCAUUUCACCGCUCAGUGGGUGCCCGCGCCGACCUGGGUACGCAUACAAGACGUCGAGAUCCCUCCGCAAUUCCUGAAGCGCUCGGCCAACGUCCUGCGGAAACAGCUGGGCAGCCAUGGGAUCGAGAGGAUUGGAGGAGAGGAGUGGUGGCAGUGGAGGAGACUGGAAUCUCCGUUGCACGCCGAAUGGAUAGAGAUGAAGAAGGAUUACAACCAACGGAAACGCGAUGGCGCCAAGUGUAACCGUGUCAUACUCUACGUGCACGGUGGCGCGUACUACUUCGGCUCCGUGGACGAGCACCGGUAUCAGAUGCAGCGACACGCACGGAAGCUCAAGGCGAGAGUCCUGGCACCACGGUACAGGCUCGCCCCGCAGUUCCCGUUCCCUUGUGGCCUCUACGACUGCAUCGCAGCCUACUUCUAUCUUCUGGAGCACUUUGAACCGAGUCAGGUCCUCUUCGCGGGCGACUCGGCGGGUGGAGGCAUGGUUCUGGGCAUGCUCACGACGUUGCGAGAUCAAGGAUGUCCACUCCCCGCCGGCACCAUUCUCCUCUCACCAUGGGUGGACUUGACCCAUUCUUUCCCAUCCGUGGCGGGAGAGGGAACCGGCGAUUACAUCCCACCGCAUGGCUUCCACCACAAGCCCUCCAUGGCCUGGCCACCGCCUCCACAGACGGAGAAAAAGGCAAAGCAGAUGGAGAGGAAGUUCACGCAGCCGAACGAGCUUCCCUUCGAGGUUGUCGAGCUGCCAGCCGAUACGACUUCGACCCCCAUCAGUGUCAAGCCGGGCAGGGACAACCUCCGUGAGACGGCACAUCAAGAUGCCCAGAAGAUUCCCCCUGAACUUCUGAACUCGCUUCCGGGGAUGGGCGACCACCUGGAGAUCACGAUAGACCAGAACAAGAUCCGAGUCAAGGAGCAGUUCCAGAUGUACGCUCCGAAUGAAUUGUUGUCACAUCCCUUGGUCUCGCCGGUACAGCAACCUUCGCUGGGCGGCCUACCGCCCAUGCUCAUCCAGGUCGGCGGCGCCGAGCUCCUGCGCGAUGAGCAAAUCUACCUUGCACACAAAGCAGCAAACCCUAGGGCAUACCCGCCUGGUCAGGCCAUCAUGAACGAGCACGAUCCGCAGAGGGUCAUACUGAACCAGUAUCCGGCCACGGAUGUCCAGCUGCAGAUCUGGGAAGACCUCUGCCACGUGCCUCACACGCUCUCUUUUACACGACCUGCAAAGUACAUGUACCGAUCCGUGGCACAGUUCGGCGCGUGGGCGCUUGCUCGUGCGCAACACAAAGGGAUCGACAUCCUGGACGACGAUGCCAUUUCAAUCAUCAGCGAUGGAGAGGGGGAGGGGACAGAGACAGGCGGCAGACCCGAGUCGGACCGGUUCAGCACGUAUGGCAGUAUUGGCAUCGAAGAAGUAUCCUCGUCGCAGUUCAAUCUGACGUCGGUGGGCGUUGUCGGCAAGGCAGGCGACCAACUGCCACCGUUUAAAGACCACAUGAUUCGUCAACGAGUCAACAGGCACGGCUUGAUCUUUCCUCUGCCGCAUCCUUCCGAGAUCGCUUGCUUAAAUCUGGAUCCCAAUACGAUCGGUGCUCUUAAGGCAGGCCCGGUACGGAAAUGGCUUGCAAAGCGAAAAGAAAACGAAUUGAAAUUCGCCAAGGACUACCGAAGCGUACUGAAGAAGCGAGCGAAGGAAUUGAAGGAGGGAUACGAUCCCAUGGAGAACGGGGAGCAGCCACCAGCGACAGCCUUGGUCAAUCGCCGGAGGAAAGGCGUUGCGCCGGAGGAGAAGAAGAAGGGGAAGAGCUGGGGUCUGGCCAUGUGGAGCGGCUGGGGAAGUUCUCACGACGAGAGCACGAUUUAUCGGGAGGAAAAGGCCGUCAACGACAAGUUGGAAGGUGAAGCUCAAGCACGCGAAGAAGCAGCUAGCUCUAGUGCCGAGAGAACGGUCAGCAUCGCGCCGUCUACCAACACCGUCAAGACGCGUGCUAGUAGCAAGGACGCGGAGAAGGUGGAUGCCGCCAUGUCCGCGUUGGCAGCCGCCGGCUUUGGCGGCAUCGCCACGACCAGCAGAAAACUGUCCUUUCCUUCGAAAGAGGCUCGCACGGCGGAGACGAAGGCGAGGAGGAGGACGUCGGGCGCGUCGUUCUUGUCUCGUCCCCGGGACCGACCGAAAAGCCCGUAUACCAAGGUCCGUGAUGCGGGCCAGGCGAUCAGCGAACGCGGCUCUUCAUCGGCCGUGGUAUCGCCUGGGCCGGGGAGUGACGGCGCGGGCUUCGGCAAGCCGACGAGUGCGCGUGCGCGGAACAAUUCAGGCAGCAUCGGCGCGUGGGACCAAUUCAGUCGGCGAUCAAGCGGCGCGUCCGGGACGGGGAAGCUGGCCCUUCGCGAUCGGCCGGGGAGCGUCGCGGCUGCCGUAGCUUCCGCACUGGAGGAUGUGCCCCAGUCGCCGACCUCCUUCGAGCACGCGCCCUCCGCUCCCAGCACUUCUGAUACACGUGCCGGCAAAGACGCAGUCAAUGUUCUGGGAACAGACAACACCUUCCUCAACCCCGACAGCUCGAGGCCGCACAAUGGCACCGUUGCCUAUCCCUUCAAGCUGCGCAACGCGCACCCCGUUGGCGUCACUUCGUCGCCGAAUCCGUCCACCAUGACGCUGGACAGUGCAGCGCAGAGCGAUCGAGAGAUGCCAGCGAGCGGCGCCAGCGUCACAAGCAACGAAGAGACCCCGGGCGUACCAGAUUCCACCCUGGUCGAAUCGAACGCCGUCCCUGUGGAGUCGCCCACAGAUAGACAGGGUCCAGCUCAAGCUGAAACAGCAGCGCCUCCCGAACAUGUUACGAGCCCGGCCGCGGCCAUGCCACGCCCCGAAAGCACUACUUUAGGAGUGCCAGUCCGUCCGAUCAGCAUGCUCCCGAGUAACUCUUCUGCGUAUCGCCAUCUCAAGUCACCUGAAGACGAUCCCGUCAGCCCGCUCGAGACGCCCACUCCUACCAGCGCCGCCAGCGAACCUUCCUCCUCUACCCAGCUGCCCUUCCAGCGCAGGAACAAAUACGAGACGAGAGACUCGAAAUUGGGAUUCCUGGGUGCAGACGGUAUGCCUACUGCUGCGUGGCCAGAGCGCUUUGCGCAGACCAGCGAGAAGAAGGCAGGCAGCGCUCCCAAGCCGGCGCCAUUCAAGAUCCGUAAUCCGGUCUACGAUGCCAGAGUUGCGCCCAACCAGGCACCUGCGGUAGUUGCACAGCAACCACAACAGCCAGAACCGGCAGCAGACGCUCCGAAGCCCGCGCCUUUCAAGAUGAGGCACGUCGUCUACGAUUCCAAAGUCGCUCCCCCUGGCGGUCUGGCGGCGGGCAGUGCCCCCGCUUCGUCCACUGCCACGGCGGCCGCGAAUGCAGCAGCCGGCAGCUCGGGCAGCGAAGCAGCCUCAGUGGCUGCCAACAGAGAGGUAUCGUCCGCAUCUAACACCUUCCAUUCGCAGGCACCUGCUCCAACUGAGUCUCCAGUAAUCCGCCCUACAACCCGUGAGGAAUCGUCGCCCACCAAUACCUCUUCGUCCGGGAAUGAGUAUCCCGAGAUAUCGCAAUCGAACGUCUCGGAGAGCUCGACGCCGAAAGCCAACCCUGCAAUCCGACUUGACACUAGUGGACCGCCUCCACCUGUGCCUCCAAAAGAUGAGCCCGCAUCGAAUCCUGCGACAACCCAUUCGAGCUCCGGUAGCACGAGCAGGAGCACAAGUGUAAAGCGCAAAGCCCUUCCGCCCACGAGCAAAUUCUCGACUACCUCGGACGAACACCUACCUUCACCUCCGCCCCCACCGACUGCCACUGAAGAGGGCAAGAAGAGUCCGAACUUGCCUGGGGUCGUGUCGAUGUCUUCACUACCGGAAGUUACCGCUUCCUCGCCGCUUUCGAUGAGAUUCAGUUUCGAGACGCCCUCCAGUAGCUCAUUCGACUUGGCGAACCGCAGCACGGACAAGUUCCACAGCCCGCUGCUGGAGACGUUUGUGACUGCCAACGAGAAUCUGCAGAGCGUGACGAACAAGCACCAGCCGGAAGACCAGAAGGAGGAUGCGAGGAGUGCAUUGGAGCAGGCGGGUUGGAUAUAA